ACUCCGUCCAUCUCCGCCCGAUUUUUCCCCAACCCGCAACCGCGUCCUCCCCCCUCCUCGAGGCUUGCCGGCGAAGCGAUCGGCCGCGCCGUCGCCUGAGGAGCUCGGCCACCGGCGCGCGCGUGGUGGAAUAUGGAUUACGACUACCGGGGCCGGCCGGGCUCCGGAUCCUACGGCGGCGGGUCGCCGUCCAUGUACCCGCGCGUCGGCCAGCCCUCCCACGGCGUCGCCAACGUGCCCCCGCCGCCGCGGGCCGCGCCGUAUCACCACCACGGGCCACCAUCCGUCUCCGCCGCGCCAGGGGCUCCGCCCCCCGUCCACGCCUCGUCCUCCACAUCGAUGGGCAUACAAGUUGUGAUAAAGCCAGAAUAUCGGAUAGCCCCACCUCCUCAGCUGCCUCUGCAGCUCGUAGAAGUUCCUCGCAGCACCUUCAACUAUGAUUUUGAGUAUGAAAGGGAGAUUCUUGCUGAGGCUGAUAAGGAGAACCCCAACUGGAGCAAGUUUGUGGUAGAGAAUCAGCCACCACCACAACCACAGCCACCAAGACCAAAACUCACAACUCCCACUACUUCUGUGGCUACACCAGGGGAUCCGGUUGUGGAGAAGUAUAUAGCUAUGGGGCUUGGACGUGAAGCUGUCUCAUUUGCUGUGUUGAAUUAUGGAGAUAAUCCAACGAAGGUGAAGGAGUUUGUGAAAUCCUACAAUGCUCUCCACGAGAUGGGCUUCACGUCCUCAAAUGUUCCCGAGCUGCUGGCCAUCCACGACAACGACCCUGACAAGGUUAUCCCGCACCUGCUCGGCAGAUCGUAGUCCAGAACAAGACUCUUCGCAUAUACCCCCAUGUACAGUACAAGUCUAUCCUAUGCUGGCAUGUCACAUGUAGCAUGUAGUAUGUUUUCGAGUGCCAGCGGCUGUACGUGUAUUUCUGCUACGGGUUUCAUGAGCUGACUAUGGUUGCGCUUGCUUCAUAAGCAGUUCCAUAAGCUACCCUUUUCUAUGUCGCAAAUAUACUAGGUGAUUCUGAUUGCUGAAA